AUGAAGAAAUGGUUACAAGAAAAAGAAAUUCCAUACGAUGAAAACAUGUUGAAACCCCAGCUUUUUAGCUUGAUUAAAGCACAUAAGGGACAACACAAAACAUACAGCAUUGAUAAAAUUUUAUCAAACCACAACCAUUCAGUGCUUCGCUUACCUCCAUACCAUCCAGACCUCAACCCAAUUGAAAUGGCUUGGGCAGCUAUUAAAGGGUAUGUCAGUAGCAAAAAUGUCAACUGGAACACUGGCAAAGUAAUAGAGCUAGUGAAGGAAAAGGUCGCGGCGAUGGGUGCUCCGGAAUGGGGUAGAUUAUGUCAAAAGUUAAAAGAGAUUGAGGCGGAGUAUGUAAAAAGUGAUCAUGUGGUAGAUUUAGUCACUGAUGAGUUUGUAAUUUUUGCUGACGAUGAUUGCGACACGGAUGAAGAAAGUAGUGAUGAUGAUGAUGUUCACUACUACGUGUACUACCAAACAAUAAAACACUUAGAUAAAAUGGCUUAA